AUUCUUACAUUUAAAAUAAUAAUGAUUCCUCAGGAUAACCCGUUUGGACCACCGUCAACUCCAGCUUUAGCUUUAUUAUUUUGUUUUAUUUUGAAAUUCAACCAGACGCGAGGCCUAUUAGCUACGUUAGCUUUUUAGCCUCUUCUGCCCCUAAACCUACAGAUGUUCACCGGCGCAUCUGCCCCUUCUGACGGAGACAGGCAAGACACGAAGCCGCGAGGAUUUUAAUUCAGAAACGUUCAAGGUGGAGGGAGCAGACGACAUGACGGAGCAGCCGGACCCCGACGAUGCUGUGUCAGAGUCAGAGAGAGACAUCUACAUGCGUUUCAUGAAGUGUCAUAAGUGCUAUGACAUCAUCCCAACCAGCUCCAAACUGGUGGUGUUUGACACCACGCUGCAGGUGAAAAAAGCAUUUUUUGCACUGGUGGCCAAUGGAGUGAGAGCUGCUCCACUGUGGGAGAGCAAGAAACAGAGCUUCGUAGGAAUGUUGACCAUCACAGAUUUCAUUAACAUCCUGACCAGAUACUACAAAUCCCCUAUGGUACAGAUCUACGAGCUGGAGGAACACAAGAUCGAGACGUGGCGAGAACUUUACCUACAAGAAACAUUUAAGCCUCUGGUCAACAUUACACCUGAUGCCAGCAUCUUUGACGCCGUUUACUCACUGAUCAAGAACAAGAUCCAUCGUCUGCCCGUCAUCGACCCGGUGAGCGGCAACGCCCUCUACAUCCUGACCCACAAGAGGAUCCUCAAGUUCCUCCAGCUCUUUCUUUGUGAGAUGCCCAUGCCGGCCUUCAUGAAGCAGACGUUGGAGGUCCUGGGCGUGGGCACGUACGCCAACAUCGCCUUCAUCCACCCUGACACACCACUUAUCACCGCACUGUCAGUCUUCACACACCGCAGAGUCUCCGCCCUGCCUGUCGUCGAUCACAACGGUAAAGUGGUGGACAUCUACUCCAAGUUUGACGUCAUUAACUUGGCAGCAGAGAAAACCUACAAUAACUUGGAUCUGACGGUGACUCAGGCGCUCAGACACAGAUGUCAGUACUUUGAAGGAGUCGUAAAGUGUAACAAGAUUGAGACACUGGAGACCAUUGUGGACCGCAUCGUCAAAGCCGAGGUUCACAGACUGGUGGUGGUUGAUGAAGGCUCUCGUAUCAUCGGCAUCGUCUCACUGUCAGACAUUCUUCAAACGCUGGUCUUAACUCCUGCAGGUCUCGGGAGGAAGGAGUCUCUGCCAAGUCAACCCAUAGAUCCACAGAACAGACUGGACCAGGACCAGGACCAAAACCAGGCUCAAGCCCUGAAACCAGGUGAAGACCAAGAGCAAGAUCAGGUGCAGGACUUGGACCACGAGGUCUCUUCAGAGACGGACGUCAAACAUGAACCAAAUACGGAGCAGAACCAAGAACUGGGUCAGGAACAGACCCCAGUUCAGAAUGACGACCUGGAUCUGGAGCAGGGUCAAGACCAGGAGGAGGAAACUCAUCAUCAGGAAUUGGACCAAGAAGUGGUCAAGAUCCAGGAUCAGACGUCCUGUGAAGACACCGAACCAGACUGUGGGAACACUGAUGCUGCAGAGACCUGCCUUCAAGGAGCAGAGGAGGAGGAGGAGACAAAGGAAGAGGAGGAAGAAGUGAAGGAGGAGGAGAUAAAUGAAGAAGUAGAGGGAGAUAAGGAAGAGGAGGGAGAGGCGAAGGAAGAGGAAGAAGCAGCGAAGGAAGAGGAGGCGAUAAAUGAAGAACUAGAGGGAGGUGAGGAGGAAAAGGAGACUAAGGAAGAGGAGGAAGGAGUGAAGGAGGAGGAGGGGUUGACGGAAGAAGUAGAGGGAGAGGCGGAGACAACAGAAGACGGGGAAGGAGCGACAACGGGGGAGGAUACAAACAAAGGUGAGGAAGAAGUGUGUGAGGAGGAAAACACACAGCAGAAGGAGGAAGGAGAGGAGUCAGAAGAGCAGAAGGAAGAGGAGGAAACAGUGAAUAAGGAGGAGGAGACAAACGAAGAGGAGGAAGAAGAACACACAGAGAAUGAUAGACAGGAAGUAGGGGAUGAGGGAGGAGGAAGUGAUGAAGGAAAGGUGGAUGAGGAGGAGAGAGUCCCUGAGGAGGAGAGUGGAGGUCAGGAUGGAGGAAAUGAAGAAGUUGAGGAAGAAAAUGAGGUACCCUGACGCCCCCUGCUGGCUUCUUUUGGUUUUUAUUCCACUUGCUACAAAGAAGAGAAGGCUGACAUUUGAUUGGUCGAGAAGUGUCACCUCUGCUGGGACUCACUGCAGGGUCUUUAAUGGUCGGUUCCUGUGGAGCAGGACGUGAACCAUGGGUCAUUAGAGCCAAUCAGCUUUUGCGUAAAUGUGAUGAAACUAGUGACAUCAUCACCGCAGCAGCUCUCCUCACAACUUCACACAGGCACCGGUACUUCCUGUCGAUUUUCACCACCAUCUCCUGUGUCGACUGUGGACAGAGACUGAAUGUGACAUCACUGUCUUUCUAUCAUAUUAAUAUAUUAAACUGUGUCGUCAUUUUGAUGAUGUCAACAAAAGGGGCCGGCACUUAGAGUGUCACGCUCCAUGUAAGCACUGAGAUUAAAAUAUGUGAAAAUCAAUCUGUACAGAAAGACUUUGUUGGUAAACUGCUGUAUUUAUAGAUUAUUAAUAGAAAAUGUCUUAACAAAUACGAUAGUUUUUCCUUUUAUAUGUUCUUUUUUCUUUUGUACAGAACAAAACCAUGUAUCUACGUUAUUGAGUUGUGGCUAAGCUCCGCCCACUUUGUUAACACCGACCCUUGCAAGAGUCAUCAAGUUAGCACUUAGCUUAAGUGUAGUGGCUGUUAGCGCUUGGCUUGAUUUUCAUUUGGGUGAAGCUAAUAGCAACGAUUUAGCUGUAAGUUUUUAUCAUAGUUGCUACGUGAUAUGAUAUACAUAUGGUCUCAGCUGUUAGCUAUUGUUUUGACAGUUAUAGCAGCUGUUAAAUAUUAUAUUCAGCAUUACAGUUGUUGUUUCAGAUACAUAUGGAGCUCUUUAACAGGACCUUAGCUGUGGACUGUUAGCUGUUUUGUUAGCUCUUAGCCAUUCUGUUACCUCGUAGUUCUUAUUUAAGUCGAGCCAUUAGAUACCUCUUAGAUGAUAUGUUACAUUUGGAUGUGAACUUAGCGGAUAGCUAUUAUUUUAUUGUUAAGGUUUUACAUUAACUGUUAGUCGUUAUUAUUAAAUGUUUUAUUCCAUAAUGGAUUCACUCUGUUUUAAAAAUCAUAUUCAUAUAAAAAUGUCCAUUUCAGGGCGGGGCUUAGCCUGUGCUCAGUGGUUUGUUGCAGAUGCUACUUCCUUGCCCAUCAACAAGAACUAUGUUUUUUUUAUUGUUUGUUUGUGAUGCAUUUGUGGAACAAAUGCCAACAGACGUUUCUGUUCUGUGAAGUUGACAAAUAAAAUGGGAUCAAC